GUUAGUUCGCGACUUCCUGAGAAGCUGUGUUUCUCGACUGAAGGGCUGGAAGAGAACGAAAAGGUUUGGAUUGUUUUUGGGAGAGGGGGAAGGAGGGGGUAGCUCCCCAGUUUAUCAAAGUGCUUUUUGAAAAAUACCUAACCCUCGAAAGCGGUGUGUUUAAGACAGAACACUGGUAAUGGGUGGGUGUUCGGUUUAGUGUUGAUCUUUUUAAACGUCGAAGUAUUUCCGCUUUCUCUUUUGGCUCUUGUUAUGCUGAACUUACCGUAAUUUUACAUCUCACAUACAGACGUUAUGGAUAGCCUUCAUUUGAGUGUCGCAGCUGUGCUGCUCCUUUACUUUAAUCGUCCUGGAUCAGCAGGAGUCAAGUCACAGCAGCUUCUUAAUACACACCACCAUUCAGACUGCUGGUGGGAUGGGAAGUUCUUAGUGAAUUGCUCUUUCAUGGGACUAGCCACUAUUCCAGAAGAUAUAUCACCAACAGCGGUAAUAGCCGAUUUAAGUUACAAUAACAUUAAAACUUUGCUGUGCACCACCUGGAGAAAUGAAGACUGGAUGCUGGAACAUCUGAAUCUCAGUAACAACCUGAUUUCAGAAAUCUCCAUAACUGCUCUUAGAAAUUUACCAGUUUUGGAAACUCUAAACCUCAAUGGUAAUUCCAUCAACACCCUCACGCUGGACCUGAAUACACCUGGCAAUGGAUCUAAAACAUUUGGAGAAAUCCAUCAUUUCCUGCCUGCUUUGAAAGUAUUGUCAGCUGAAAGGAAUAACCUUCAUGCAGUUCCAACGGGGCUAGGACUGCUGCAGUCUUUACAAAGUGUUCAUUUGUCAUUCAAUGGCAUACUACAGAUUGAGCUGAAUGAUUUUCAGAACUGUUCGCAGCUGAAAAAUAUCUACCUGCAAAACAACAAGAUAGCUAACAUUCAUCCCGACGCCUUCAAGGAUCUCAACAAACUACAGGUCGUAGAUCUCCGUGAAAACACUCUGACAACCAUUGUACCCCACCUAUUAACCAAUCUGAACACCUUCCAACUCAAAGUGGAUUUGUUCGACAAUUCCUGGAUAUAUAACUGCAGACUUCAUGCUUUCAAACGUUUAAUCCAUUUUCUUUCUGCCUCCAUGAGAAAAAAGUUGACUACAUCAUACAGUAAAUCUGCCAACAGCUCACAGAAGCCUCUGCUGUAUCUUUCAAGUUUCCACCUGAACUGCAGCGACAGCGUUUUGAUCAGGACAGCUGUGGUCCCACCAAGGGAGACAUCAGUGCUGCGCUGCAGCAGGGGUAACACACUGGGUUAUGGAGUCACUUGGUGGACACCUAAAGGCAGAAUUUCAGAGGAAAGCAGCCUUCCUCGUUUAACACUGGAUAAAAUUAAUAAUUUAGUAAUACACGACACUCAGAAAAACGAUGAAGGCUUAUAUAUGUGUACUUCCAAUACAACAAGGAAGAAGUAUCUCAUCUACAAUGUACAGGUGAAAGAAAGGGUUCUAGGGUCUCUGGUUAGAAAAACCCGGGCCACCAACCUGGAUGUUAGAGCAGGAGGAACGCAGCAGGACCUGACGCUGGCCGUAUGCCUCUCAGUGCUCAUUACGUUUGUUUGUGCCUUCUGCCUGGGCGUCCUGGCCAGGCCCUGCCUCACACACUUGUGGACGUGCAUGUGCAGGAACAAAGCCCCGGCUCAGGAGCACAUCUACGUUAACCAUGCUUUUUCAGAUGAAACCCCGAGCAGAGAGCACUCCACAAGCAAACCAGCGAACACGCAGCAUAAUAUGGUUGUUUUUUAUGAGAAUUCUUCAAGAAACACACACUCUUCUCCUACAGGAACUGCUCAGUUGUAUGAAGAUGUCAUUGGUGGCACUGGAUGCACACCAAGUACUGAGGAGUUCCCGAAACAAAGCAAUAAUGAGAUUAAUGUGAAGAAAAAGAUAGCAUCUUCCAACACCAAAACUAAUAGCAGCAAUGCCAUGUAUAUAAAUACUGGACAGCUUUCUGCAAGGAUGGAUUAUGAGAGCAGCAAUGAAGUAACGCCAAGGAAAUCAAUGGAGAACAGCCUGUCACCAUGGGAAGACCCAAAGCAUGCAAACAGCACAGACUCAGAGCAGAGCAGAGUCCCUCCCAUACCCAGCAGAUACAACAAUGGCUCUCACUCAGUUCACAGGAGCCCUCCAGACACAGAUCUACCCUGCACAGGAGAUGCUGGCUUCCCCUUUCCCACAGUACAACCCCAAACUAGUCCCUGGAAUCUUGCACACAAUGAGGUGGACAACAGCUCUGGUCAGCAGCAAUCAGAGGCAAUACCUGAAUACAAAGGGAACGUUUCACACCAUGAACCUAUAAGCACUACAAAAUUUAUGCCUGGAAGGCAAAGCUAUGACAGAGAAUUUGGUCUAAAUGGCAAUGUAAAUACAAACAGUGACAUGAGAGAUCUUAUUUUACCCAGUCGCUCCAAGAGAGAUGCAACUAUUGAGAACUUAUGUGUUUACCAAAAACCUGAGAACGCUCCUCAUACAGAGCACAGCUGUAAGAGGGAAUGUAGAAACGACCGAGGUAAUUUUGCAGAUUUCUUUGGUGACAGUUCUUCAGAUGAAGGGACUCCAUUCACUAUGAGUGACUGCAGCUCCUUAGAAGACUUUGACCUGGAACAACCCAGCGUUAGCAGCAACCUGCCGGCCCCUUUGUCACCACUGGAGAAAGCUGACACAAAUGGCAUUGAUAAUUUCUCAGUGCCUCCAGAGUCCCUGAGUAUUGCUGCAGAACUUCGGCGUAUUGGAAAAGAUGGAGAGAAGCACAAUGCAUAUUUUGGAACCACUACUGACUAUGGGUCAGACACCUUCACGCCUGAAGCAACAUCACCUUGCGCUGCCAAAGGCAGUGAUCACGUAAGCAUAUCAGGUUCAGACUCAAUUCAUUCAAGUCCAGAAGUUCCUGAUGCGUUUCACUAUUUUACCAAAGAGUCAACAGCACAAAACUCUAUUUCUGAUUCUCCCUACAAGAACAACUCAGACUUCAGCAAUACAUCACUUUCAUUAAAAUAUUCUCCCACAUAUGCAACAGAUACCGAAAAUACUCCUGAAGAUGCUGAGCUGCAGCCACACCAGUUUCCCAUUCAACCACAGCACCUCAGACUCAGCCCCACAGAACAGAAGGAAUAUGCACCAGAGGUAAACGCAGAGCAGCUCACAGAUGAGAGCUCCUCUGAAAGCGACCGUGGGGAAGGGGACACUGCUCUGAGAUGGGAUAUGAAUACACCUGAGAACGAUCAUUUUGUUUGUACUCCUCUUGAUACUGGUUUGAAUGCAACUGUUACAAAAGCACCUCUCCCACAUGCCAGCACAGUCAGAAACAAAUCACUUCGUCAGUCCCUACUUGAAAACACAACUGAAAACCCUUCCAUGGUUAUUAUGGAGAAAGAGUCAUUACCACAGGGUGAGCGCGUUAAUUCAGCUGGAACUCAUGAAGAUAAAACGCACAGAGGUUUCAGUGAAGAACGUGAUGAAUACAGGGAAUUACAGGGCAGCAGCAACUGCAGCUCUUCUGAAGAAAUGCAAUCACACAGGGUUAUGACAGAUUUGCUGCACCUUGAAUCUCCUGGGAAAACACAGUCAGUCUUCAACAUAGAAAAUUAUUUCCAGUUGGAUCCAAGUGAAGAGAAUGCGUAUUCUUCACCAGUCCCACCCAGCUCCCUUAGCAGAAGCAUACAGCGCAGCUCAGGUCUGUUCCCACAAAAGACUGCAGGAAACAAAACCUGCCCGACAACCGAUCCCAGUGAGCUGGAGGGUGACACUUCUUUGACUGCACUGGAGAACAAUCCUACAAAAGCUGCUAACCUCCAAAACCCCAGUGAAAAACUCUGUCAAAAAGUUCAGACCAGUUUAGGACAGGGCCAGCUUUUCAUUAAGAAGAAAAGAGCAUUUGAUGGAUUUGCAAAUAUUUUGCAAAGUAGGAGAACAGACUCUGAUAGUUGAGAAACAGAAGUGUAUUUCUAACCUCCUACAGGUGCAAAAUGACUACGUCUUAGAACGAAGUUGGGGCUUUUUCUGCUUAUCUUAGCUGAGUAUAGCUAUCUGCCUUAACUUCAGAAAUACAGGUUAUGAACCAGACCUGACAUGUGAAGUGUAAAGUAUGGAUGCAUCUAAUUCAGAAAAAAAACUUACUCCAAAGGGCAACUCAGGCUGACAUAGAUAUUUGCAUACAUACAAGUCAGAUACUACAGACUUGUGCUUGCAACCCUAGGAUACUUCAAUGAGUAAACUACUCGGUAAUGUUUCCUAAUAAAGCUUUUGCUGAGUUUUAGUAAUAUACUUGCUUAUUAUUGGUACUGAGAUAUUAGUUUCCUUUGCAAAUUCUAACAUGCACUAUUUAUCAAAAAUUAAUUUAACACUGAAAUUACUGUUACAUCAUUACUAUUAUUGCAUGUUUGCUAUGGGAAUCACCCUACAUGUGAAAUAGAAUGUAUUACUGCCUUCUGCUUUUUUCUGGAUUGCCAGUCUCUGAAUUUCCCCAGCUUUGCAAGAUUAUGUAAAAUCCAAGCAGUAUUCAAAUAUUCUAUUCCUAGAAGUCUCUUGGAUUUGAAUUCACUGCAAAGAACAGAACCAGUACAUUUAGGUAGAGGGGCAGAGCUGACAUAAAUAGGAACUCUCCAAAUGAGAGCAUGCCAAUAAAUAAAAAUAUGUGGAUGCCUGUUGUCAAAAUCUUUGAAUACACACAUACAAUGUGAGAGCUACAAGCAAAAUUUUUUCCUCACUUUUUCAUCAAGUUUUAUUGAUAAAACUGUAAGCAAAAAAUGUAACUGCAAAUGAAUUUUCAAUUUUUCAUCUCUUAUUUACUUGACAAUUUUAAAGCUCUACAAAGGUUACACUACCCUCAUUAAAGAUAAUGAAGACUAUUUUACCAAUGCUUGUAACUUCUGAGGAUUAUUAGAUGAAUGUUCCACAGAAAGAGAAAGCACUGCUUGGCUGCUUUCUUCAAGGAAAACUUCAAACUCUUAGUAAAAAAAAAAAAAAAAAAAAAGACACAGGUAACAGUUCUGGUAAAGUGAACUACUUAUGGUAAAAACAAUGAUACAGAGAGACAAAUUUGAAAUACACUAACUUCUGUACCCAAAACAGCAGAUCCAGACCACAUACAUUGUAUGGAAAGAAAGUGGCCCAUCAAAACAUUGAGACAAUAUUUAUGAAACAUCAUUGAAUCCUGAAGGACUGGAAAAACUUUUUUUUUUUAAAACUUGGCAAAACAAAGAAUAGUGAAACAGAUGGGAAUUCCAGCUUUCACCCAAAAAAUCCCUUAUGCAGAUCUAACUACUGAUACAAGACUCUGUCAGAAACAUUACCUGUGGUUUGCAGAUGUGAUAACAUGUACAGUAAUUUCAAAUAGACAAUUUGUUACUAAGCAAUAAUGCUCUGUAAAAAAGGAUCCUAUACUCCCUACAGGAUUUUAUUAUGAUGCACAAAUCAAAAGAGGUUCAAAAUUGCCUAUUAGAGUAUCAACAGCUUGAUGUACAGUAACUUCCUCAAAGCAAAAAAGAUAACAAGCAUUAAAUUUUCUCAAAAUAUUCCAUAAGAGGGCCUUUCGUUAUUUCCAGUAUGCAUAGUCCUUGAAGGUGAGUCUCAUCAUAAAAGGGAACAGGUCUGGGUUCUCAGAAGAUGCACAGGCUGGCCAGCAACUCUGGGAGAACUCUGAUAUGGAGACACAGUGAACUCACAAUGAUUUCACUAGGAAUUCUAACAGAAGGCGUAUACUUUAACUCCAUCAGAGAGAAGCCAGCUCGAUGGCACAGUCCAUUUUUAAAGCUACCUUAUAGAGAAAGCUAGGAAAGAACAAAGAUUCUGAUAGAAGAUUCUGGUUUCGGUGGCUGCCCAGAAGUAAAGAACCAGGUGAGAGUUGCAGACCGAUACCUUGCAGAGACAGCUACAUCAUCAGCAGGAGGAUAAAACAGAUACCGUUAUCACCACUUUUCUUAGCACCCAUAAUCAACUUUCAGUCAACCUUGUUGUAUACAGAAGGUAACAGUGGCCACAGCAACUUUAAAACGGGAAUAUGUUAAGACAAUGUAGAGUCGCUUUUUUAUGUCAUGCACUGACUGACCUUGGGUUGUACCAGCUGCUAACACAAAGAAAAACAUCUAACUACAUAAGUGAGCCAAUUUCAUUGAUCAUGGGGGAGGGGGGGGGGGGGGAAGAAGAAGAAGAAAGGCAUCUAAGUGACUCCGUUGAUGUCACAGCAAAGUUUGGUCAGUUGCUUCUACUACAGUUCAACAGACUUUCAAAAUAUUAAUUGGCAAAAUUGUUCCGCAUCUUCUCCAACCACCAGAAUGCUGCAGUAGCAUUACAUAGAAUACUUGCUGCUCCUCAGAAGUGAUGUACUAUAUGAUUCCCUUUGUGCAAGAAAGCUUCAGAAGAUUACUUGCUGUUUUCAUUGCAUUCACAGAGAAAAUACACUUGCUCCUUCAUCACAGAACUUUUAAAACGUGCCGAAGUAUUUCAUUCUACUGUCACAAUGUUAUUCUGUCUGAAUGUUCUGUCUGAAACUUACCUUCAGAUUUCUGCGUAAUCUUGCACCUUUACUUUGCUACUGAGUAGCACUGCAGACAUUCUUACUAUGGCCUGUUUAUUAAAACACAAAUACUCAGCUUCUUCUCCUUAUUACUUCCUCACAUCAUCACUAACUGCUCUUGGAGAUAAUGCAAAACCUUUUACAUUUUCUGUGGCUUCCAGCCAACGCUCUUCAUAUUUCAUACCUUCUCAUCUCCAUUCACCUUAUUUCUCCAGGCCCUUCAGUACCCAAAGCUGCUGACCUCAUUCCCUGAAUCCCUUUGAGAUUAUACUGUCAUUAACUUUUCUUUACAAUUCAGCUGUUUUCAAUCAACUACAUCUCAUUUGUACUGAAAACAUCACUCAUUUAAUCACUGAGCAUUUUCUAGAAUACCUAUUAUUUUUUCCUCCAUAGAAGUCAUACUUGCUGAAAGGUAUAACUCAACUGCUCUAGAGAUGCUGAAACUUCUUUAGCUUCAUCAGUAACCUCAGUUUAAAAAAAAAAAAAAAACGUUCCAGUAAGGUUUAUGUUGCUAUCACAACUGGCAGUGAGAA